CUGUAACACGCGCUUAGGAGACAACAGAAACCCAGAAACAAGAACUGGGCUCCUUUUGGAAUUUGGUAUCCCAAAUCGACCAGCUCUGCGUUACUGGAGCCCAAGACAACCUUGUUCGCAUUGACUCUCUGAGAAGUCUGUGUCGAUCUGUUCUGAAGCUUUGGGGCAUCCGGUAUCUCCCCCUGGACGCUAGCCAUGUCUGAGAACUUUUAGAAGAAUUUAUAUUUCUGGAACUGAAGAAUCCAGGUUUUAAAAUUUUGUUUCUGCAAAGCUGUCUCCUGGGAGCCACCGAUUAAGCUGACGUGUUGGCCUGGCUCACUUCUACAGCCAAGUAUCCUCUGUCUCUUUGAAGGACUUAUAACUGCAAGAGAGGAUAGACUUACCAAAUGUAAGAAAGCUACUUUUGUAUGAUUAAAGCUGGGUGCUGUUACAGUAACAACAAGAGUUACAGGAAACCCCAUUUCACCUGUUAAGAGAAAAAGUUUGGGAAUCCAACGUUUUGGGAAGGAAGGUUCUAGCAUUCAGAAAACCCUUUUUUGGUUCUGGAGCAGGAAACCAAAGCAAUCUAUUUUAAUUCAGAACUAUAAAAGCGAUGUUGCUCCAGUUCUGAAGUCUCUGAUUCUACAACAAUCCAAGUGAAAAGGUUGUGGAAAUUGAAAGAUACCCUCUUCCCAAAUUAAUAAUAUAUCAUCUGGCAAAGAGGAUUGUAGGUGGCUGCAGAUUUCUACAUUUCCAUACCCAUUCAAUUCAGUUUCAGAAGAAGAAAGAACAGGCACUUUGUCUCCACUACGUAAUGACACGUCUUUUGUGCCUAGGACUUGUAUGCCUUCUGGUCUGUGUGUUGCCCCCUGUUUUUGCCAAGGAUUGCUACUUUUGCGAAAUCACCAACUCACUUAAAUGUCCCAGUACCAAGAUGAGUUGUGUAGAAGAUGAAGACUGCUUUGUGGGUGAAGGAGUUGCCUUGGGGGUAUCAAAGAUUCAAAACAAGGGCUGCACCCGGGCCAUCAACUGUGGCAAAGAGCAACCUGUGACCCACAUGGGGGUCACCUACAGCUUGGUUACCGAAUGCUGUAAUGGAGAACUGUGCAAUGCAUCUCAACUCUUAACAGAACCUUCCCUCUUCCUGCAGCUUGCUCUCGUCAGCAUACUUCUGCUGGGCUUCAUUUGAUUUAGUAAG